UCCAAAAACCGGUUUCAGAUUUGUUUUCACAUCGUAUUCCAGGCCAAAACCGAAAGUUGAAGAAUAUCACGCCAUUUUCUGCAGGAAAAUAUUUUAUUUUUUUGCACGUUCAUAAAACCAUGUUUGACUGUGAUUGGUGUGUAUUUUCGGAAAGUGAUCUCGAACAAGCCAGACACCAGGUUGAAACAAAUGGUGUUUCAGGUAUUCAUAAUUUCCUUGUUGAAAAAACGAAAAAAUGGAAAUUUGUGAAAAUAAAUAUCGGCAUUGCUGGAGAGUCGGCGGUUGGCAAAUCCUCAUUUAUCAACUGCAUUCGUGACAUAACAGCAGACGACAACGAUGGAGCUCCUGUUGGAACUGGUGAUACAACAAUAGAACCAACCAGGUAUUGGCAUCCUUAUAACGAAGAACUUGUAUUCUGGGAUCUGCCCGGAGUAGGAACACCGAAAUAUCCCAGAAAUGAAAAAUACUUUGACCUUAUUAACUUUGAAAAGUAUGACUUUUUCCUAAUUUUGUCAGACAACAGAUUUUCAACCAACGACGUUUGGUUAGCCAGAGAGAUAGCUAAAAGAGGAAAGCGGUUCUUCUUUGUACGUACAAAAAUUGACGAAGCGAUGGAAAAUGAACAGGAAAUCCGAGGAGGGGAUUUCUCAGCGAGUGCUGUGCUGGACAAAAUAAUCAAAGACUGCCAAAACAAUUUUAAAGUGGCCCAGCUGACCGACACUAGCGUGUUUUGUAUUUCUAAUUACCACAGAGAGAUGUGGCAGUUUGAAGAGCUCAUGGAACAGCUGAUAGUCGCACUGCCGGAGAUGAAGAGGAUGUCUCUUGUACUUUCCAUUGGCCCAGUAUCCAAACAAGUCAUUGGACAGAAAACCAAGUUCCUUACGGACAGGAUUUGGCAGGUGGCUUCCAUAUCCGCUAUGACUGCAGCGGGUGGUUCAGUUGUGCCGGUUCCGUUACUAGGUGGAGCUAUUGGCGUUGCUGCGGAUGUCACUAUUCUGCUACACGAGGUAGACUUCUACCUGAAACAAUACGGUCUGAACGACGAGUCACUGAAGCAACUGGCGGACCGCACCAACACGAAAGUUGACUAUUACGUAAAGUCACUCAAGUUCGCCUCGACACUUGUUACCAAACGGCAGAGCAUCAAGGCCUUCGUCAUUGACAUGAUAAAGAAGGAAGCUGUCAAACAGGCUGAGAAGAGAACAUUUCAAGAGUUUGCAAGACUGAUACCAAUAAUAGGCAUGGCUGUGGCAGGCGGAAUAUCUUUUGGUACUUGCUAUUAUUUCCUGAGGAAGACCAUCCAGCAGUUUGAGACUGAUGCAGUUGCUGUUGUCGAUGCUGCAAUUAGGAAGACAUCCGAGGAACUUGACUGAUUACAAAUAACGUAUUGACACCAACAUUGCAUUAAGAAAGUAUGUCGUUGGUAAAGGAAUACAUUGCUUUCGUCGAAACCCAUCGACACUGUGCUUGUUGGUAGACUUGUUUGGAUAUAAUAGUUUUGUUGUGGCAAACGCUGUGACUGAAUAUGGACAAUUAUUAUCAUUUACGGAAAUAAGAAAUAUAAUUUUGACGGAAAUGUCUAUGAAAUGUUUAGAGGAAACUCUUUGAUUCCAGGGGUACCGGUAUCAUUAAACAGUACAGAAGUUACAUCAUUGACACAAGUGACGUUGUUUAUUACCCCAACCCCCCCCCCCCCUCCCAAUUUUUUUUAAAUAAUUUCCAAAACAAAACAAAAACACCCCCCCCCCC